AUGAAGCUUGAAGAAUGCGACUACUGCAGCAUAAACGCCGCCGUUUUGUACUGUGAAGCAGACUCCGCGAACCUCUGUCUUCUCUGCGACCGAGAAAUCCACUCUGCUAAUUCUCUCUCAUUAAAACAUCUUCGAAUCCCGAGGUUCGGGACCCCCGAUCCUAACUCCGAAGCUAAAUCUUCCAUUGAUGGGCUCCCUUCUGCGAUUGAGCUCGCACCCAUUUGGGGUAUCAGUGAUUUGGUUGUGCCCUGUUUGGGGGAUGACGAAAAAGAUGCGGUUUUCCGGCAGUUGGUGAAGUUGAGUAAGUGGGAUUUGGAGGAGAGAGAAAAUGAUUAUAGUUCGGAGUUUGGUCCGGGUACUCCAAGCCUAGAUACCGGUGACGGGUCUGAGAUGUUGAUGCAUAAUAUGCCCUUUACUUCGUUGUUGAUGAAGGAAGGGGAGCGAUCUUUUGCUGAAGAUAGAGAUUUUUUGUGGGAUUUUGAGCCUGAUUAUCAACCACCUCAGGUAUACUUUUUUUUUUUUAUUUUUUUAUUUUAAUAUUAAUUUGUUUAU